AAAACAAAGGAAAAGAAAACAGAAAUGCAAGUCAGAGGAAGCAGAGUGCACAGAAAACACUGAGUUAACCUUGGAGGAAAAAUACAUGUAUUAUUCCUCGAAGGAGUUCCAACCGAGAUCAGUGUGAAAAGGGCAGAUUCAUGGCCGCCGCGGCUGGCUAUUGGCAUCACUCCUCACAAUGAUGGGGGAGAGGGGACGCGCACUCUAUGGUGUAUAAAUCUAUGGCCGCGGCGCUACUCGGCUCACAACACAUGCACCCGCCGCCCCUCCCACAGCCCGCCUCUCACCCAAGGGCCAGAGUGUAGAUUUUUUCUCACUAGGAAAAGCCUGAUUCAGAGUUGGACCCCUUAUAUCCUCCAGUAUGGUGAGCCAGUCUUGGGAGCAUUAAGGACCUGCUCUCAGAGGAUAAGAUCUACUGUGGCUUAAAUGUUGGAUUAUCGGAAAGUAAUGCUUCAAUAAUGGAUGAAGAGCCUGGCAUCCCCAUCCAUCACAUUCCUCCUCAGAACCUGGUAGUGCGUCUCUUUCACCGAGAGAUCCACAAAACAUCACACUGCCAGACUUAUGCCAAUCGCAGUUUUUAUCAAAAUAUUGCUCCAAACUUUACAGUCACAAAUGUUCAGAAGCCACCCUGUUUCCUAAGAAAAUUCAGUCCAGAUGGCAGAUUCUUGAUAGCAUUUUCAUAUGACCAAACUAGUAUCGAGAUUUUCCGAUACAUGGGGCCAUCAGCAGCCGCAAACAUUCUACAUUGGUGUGAGAGUGGAACUGUCUUGAAGGAGAAUGACCCCAAAACUCACGAGAUCAGACGGAACAUCUUUGAUCGGUUCUUCCACCUGAAGCACACAGUGUCAGUGGCCACCAAUGGAGAGCAGCUUAAUCGGGAGUGUAGUCUAUUUACGGAUGACGGCAAAUAUGUAAUCGUUGGAUCUGCUUCAGUGGAUGAUGGUAAUUUCAUCGAUCACUUUGACAUGUACCGAAACAAUGAGUCUGUGACGCCAAACCCACGAUCCCCUCUGGAGCACUACACUCUUCAUAUUGUGGAUAUAGAGAUGGGAAGGCUGACUGACUCCCGAACCUUCAUGUAUGACAAGAUUUUCCUUUCACACAACCAAGGCUUGUACUUGUACAGACACACAUUGGCUGUAUUAUCUGUCCAGCAUCAGACCAUUCACAUAUUUCAGAUAACUCCAGAUGGAUACUUUUUGGAUGUGCGCACCAUUGGCAGAGUGUGCUAUGAGGAUGAUGACUACCUCUUGGCCACUGUGUGUACUGAUCGCAUGCAGCGCACCUACCAGUACAUGCGGGAAAAGAUCAUCAGCUCUCUCAAGCACAGGUUGCUGGUGUUUCUGUAUAAACGGGCAGAAGCAAUCAGCAGUGAGGAAGGAAGUCCUCGGGCACUCAGGGAAUUUUUCCACUACUUUGACCACCUUCUGCGUCUUCGCAUGUGGAAGAUGCAACUCCUUGAUGAUCUUCAUUUACUCAUUAAAUACGCCUCAGAGGAGGUUGUUACUCUUCGUGCUGCAGAGCCCAAUGGACAGCCUUCAUUCUUUGUGGUGUACAACAUGAUAACUACAGAGGUUCUUGCAGUUUAUGAAAACACCUCAUCAGAACUUUUAGAUCUCUUUGAGAAGAUGGCAGAUUUCUUCCGUAAUGCUAGACUGACUUGUGAGUCACAGUUCACAUGUUCUCCCUCAAACAACACAUGGGCAAGAUUAAUUCAUAAGAGAUUCAAGAAGACUUUCAUUAAUGCCAGAGGAGGGGGGGUGACUGAAGCUACUAAAAGGCUGCUUGGGCAGUUGCCAAUCUCUGCCCAGUCAUUUUCUGCCUCCCCAUACCUGGACCUGACCCUGUUCUCCUAUGAUGACAAGUGGGUAUCAGUGAUGGAAAGACCCAAGAGCUGUGCUGACCAUCCCAUCAGAUUUUACGGGCGAGACUCUGGGCUUAUCAAGUUCAGCAUCAAUGCAGGUCGGACUGUCCUUCCAGGCUCUACUGCACCGUCUCCACCAGCCAGACGACUGGUGGCCUUCACAUUCCAUCCAGCUGAUCCCUUCACCAUAUCUGUUCAAAGGGCAAAUACUGACUAUGUUGUCAACUUUCACCUGAGGCAUCACCCUAGCUAGCAGUGAAAGUUAAUAUCCAAUUUCUUGUUAUCAAUUAGGGCUUGGGGAAGUUAUGUCAUGAUUUUCUACUGAUCCACCUGUGCUGAUGCCUGCUCAAAAGAAUUUGUUUAAGGGGAGGCUGCCACAGAAAUCUUUCCUCCUUUAUUGAUACGUUAUUACUUUUUACCACACUUCAGCUACUCCUUUCCUUUGUUUUUUUCUAAAAUGUGCUACAGUAUAAAGUCUUUUUAAUGUGAUACAGGUACAAAACAGACUUGUAAUUAAUUGAUUUCACAUUAUAUCCAAGUGUUAUCUCAAUGAGUUUUAUUAGAGAUGCUUUGAAGAGAAACCUGUAAAGUUGUAGAUACACAUUUGUUUUGCAUCAGGAGAAAUUUUUGAAUCUUCAAGGUGCAUGUGCUGCCUGUCUUAUCAUAUGGCUGUAAGUUAUGAAUACAAUAGUCUUUCCAACUGAUCAAGCCACUUUAGGUAUGGCCAAGGCGUAUGACUGCUAGCUGUGUUGUCACUUCACUCCUCUGUCACUUGCUCUCCCUUCCUCCUUUCUCAUUUACUUUGAUGAAACUUGGGUAGCCCAUAAUUACAAUGAUGGCAAAAGCUGGACUGAUGCUACAUCCACUCAUCGAUGAAACACUACCCUCUGUUGACUAGGUCAGAGAGGCUGUGGCAAAGUUGAGGGUUGUAAAGGCACCUGGUAUCUGUAAUGUAAGUGUGAAGCUGCUCCAAGCUGGAGGUGAGGCCAUGAUCUGCAGGUUGCAUGUGGUCUUAACUGCUGUUUGCAGUCUGAUAUCAUUCCUGACUGGAAGAGGGGUUGGUCUUCCCUAUCUGGAAAGGGAAAGGGGACUGCCAUGACAGCAAUAACUACUGUGGUGUUACAUUGCUCACUGUGCCAGGCAAGGUGCUUGCCUAUCUAUUUAUGAUGUGGAUUUACAACCAGCUGCAGAAGCUGCAGAGACCUGAACAGUCUGAGUUUAUGCCUGCUGACUUGACAACUGACCAUAUUCUAGUUCUUUCCAUACUAAUAAAAUGCCAAUAUGAGUUUCAACAGCGGAUGCCGGCAGUCCAUGUCGAUCUCAAGAAGACGUUUGGUUCAGUGCAUCACGAGGCACUCUAGGAUCUCUUGCACCUUCACAAGACUCCUGCAAGGACCAUUGGUCCAUUGAUUGGCCUGUAUUCUGGGACUGCAAGUGCAGUAAAGUUUGAGUGGGAGGGGGUGUCAAGCUUCUUUCCUGUGAAUGUGGGAAUUAGGCAGGGCUGUGUCCUUGUCCCAUCUCUUUUUAACAGUUGCAUGAACUGGGUACUAAGCAGUGUUGGAUUAGUCAGUGUGGAGCAUCUAUUAGUAAUACCAGGGUCACUGACCUUGUUUUUGCCGACAAUGUAGUUGUCCUUGCAGAUUUGCUAAAGGUAUUACAAGAGGAGGUGGAGUCACUGGGACCUCAGGUUUACUGGGCCAAGACCAAUGUACAGGUGUUUGGAGGCUUACUAGAUGAAACACUAGUCUGUUUAUGUGUGUGGCAAGGAUAUUGAUAUCUUGGAAAAUUUCACAUUCCUUGGCACUGUAGUUGAGAACAACCAUGGGUCUUGUUAGAAGGUCUUACUAUGUAUUGGCUUUGCCUACGGUUUUAUGGACUCGCUCAGCAUGAGUAUAUGGAGUUGUCGAUACCUUUGUAGAUGGACAAAGAUCCUGAUCUUCAAGUUGCUGUACUCUAAAACUUGCUCAAUUCCUAUGAGAUUUGGACACUAAAUAGUGACUUAAAGAGGCUUUGUCUGUCUUCACAAGUGAGGAUCGAAUUACCAGUCUUUGUGUCGUCAGCAAAUUUACUAAUGAGAUUACUGAGUCCAACGUCAAUGUUAUUAAUGUAAAUUAUAAACAGCAUUGGGCCAGGAACAGAGGCCUGAGGGACACCACUCAUGACAGGCGCCCAGUCUGAGUUAAACCCAUCUAUCACCACUCUUUGCUGUCUGUUGUUCAACCAAUUGGCAAUCCAAUGACAUACUUUACCAUCAAUACUUAAUUUCCUUAUUCUAUAUAUAAGUGAUCUCUGGUGUGGAACUUUAUCAAACGAUUUCUGAAAAUCAAGACAGACUAUGUCCAGUGAUUUGGUUACGUCAUAAGCUGAGAAGAGGUUGUUAUAAAAGGUUAAUAGGCUUGACAAACAGCAUCUCUUGUUACGAAAGCUAUGCUGAAAAUCAUUAAUUAAGGAGUGGCUUUGAAGUUAACUCAAAAUAUUGUCUCUAAUUAUGCUCUUCAGUAGCUUACCUACUAUUGAAGUUAGACUAAUGGACUUGUAAUUACCUGGUACUUUUUUGUCACCUUUCUUAAAAAUUGGUUUUACGUUAGCCAUUUUCCAAUUCCAUUCCAAUUCCAUUCGAAGGGAUGAUGCCUUGUCGCAAAGACAUAUUGAAUACGUACACCUCACCGUACGUAGCCUCAGACUUUUCUAUUAUUUCCAAUUGGGGCAAGAAGAACCUGGUGUCCUUCAACGCCUCAAAAACACAGUUUCUCCACCUAUCCAUUCAACACAAUCUUCCAAACAACUAUCCUCUAUUCUUUGUCAACACUCAGCUAUCACCUUCUUCAACACUAAACAUCCUCGGUCUAUCCUUAACUCAAAAUCUCAACUGGAAACUUCAUAUCUCUUCUCUUACUAAAUCAAUUUCCUCGAGACUGGGAGUUCUGUACCGUCUCCGCCAGUUCUUCUCCCCCGCACAGCUGCUAUCCAUUUACAGGGGCCUUGUCUGCCCUCGUAUGGAGUAUGCAUCUCACGUGUGGGGGGGCUCCACUCACACAGCUCUCUUGGACAGAGUGGAGUCUUAGGCUCUUCGUCUCAUCAGCUCUCCUCCUCUUACUGAUAGUCUUCUACCUCUUAAAUUCCGCCGCCAUGUUGCCUCUCUUACUAUCUUCUAUCGAUAUUUUCAUGCUGACUGCUCUUCUGAACUUGCUAACUGCAUGCCUUCUCCCCCUCCCGUGGCCUCGCCACAGACGACUUUCUACUCAUGCUCAUCCCUUUACUGUCCAAAUCCCUUACGCAAGAGUUAACCAGCAUCUUCACUCUUUCAUCCCUCACGCUGGUAAACUCUGGAAAAAUCUUCCUUCAUUUGUAUUUCCUCCUGCCUACGACUUGAACUCUUUCAAGAGGAGGGUAUCAGGACACCUCUCCUCCCGAAAUUGAACCCUCCUUCGGCCACCUCUUUGGAUUCAUUUUAGGAGCAGUGAGUAGCAGGCUUUUUUUUUCACAUUUGUUUCCUUUUUUUUUUAUGCCCUUGAACUGACUCCUCUGCUGGAAAAAAAAAAAAAAAAACAGUUGUGAGAGAGGGGAGUAUUUCGUGCAUUGUUACUUUAAGUAGUAUAGGAUAUACAUUGUCUGGUCAUGGACUUUUAUUUGUUUUAAGGGAUUGGAGAGCAUUAAGGACUUCCUCAGAAAUUAUUUCAAAGUCAGGCAAGGUCUGAGUGGGAUUAUCAUUAAUACUAUUGUCAUCACUGGUGCUGGUGGUAGUGGUGGCAAGACUGGCAGUGGUGAAUACUGAGGAAAAAAAAAAAGUUCAGUAAGUUAACAAUGUGCUGGCUUUCAUAUACUAAUUUACCAUCUCAAUCAGUUAAGGGUUUAAUCCCAGUUCUGAUCACCUCUUUAUUGUUUAUAUAAUUGAAGAAAGCCUGAGGAUUAGUUUUACAGUUGGUGGCGAUAUUUUCUUCGUAUGUGCGCUUUUCCCGACUUAUUAGUCUUUUUACUCGUCGCCUGGCUUCAUGAUAAAGUCUAAUAUUUUCAGGCAUGUUUUGGAUUUUCUUUAGCCUGUAGACCAAAUCUCUCCUUAAUGGAAUGCUUGAUUUUGUUAUUAAGCCAUGGUUGACUUUUAUUAGUGUUACGUUGCUUUUUGCAAAAAUUAGUGUUACGGUACGUCGCUUCUCACAAGUUACAUCACUUCUCACAAGUUACAUUGCCUCUUGCAUGAGGAAGUUGAUAGAUCCUGCCAUGAGGUACUUGGGAUAGGAAAGGGGCCUGCAAGAAGACUUGUCUGGGAGGAACCUCCAGGAUUGGUAUCAUAGGGUGGACAAGGUGAUAUGCCCCCCAGAAUAUGCCUCCAUUGAUUGACUGAUAUUACAUCCCCACAAAAAAAAAUGGAGUCAAGUCACCAAUGGGGAGAUUAAGUUGCUUAAUCUUUCUUCACACAGGAAGGAAGGAUGGUUUUGUCAGUAAUGCCAAACACGGGCCAAGUAGGGUGCUCUUGUCUUGCUGCCACAAUGUAUAUUUAUAGAAACUCAAUGUUUUGUCCUAAGAAAAUGAAUCUUUCAUGAAAGUACAUGGUCUUUGUGUACAGAGUAUUUGAAACUCAUUUAAGAGUGUUAACAGUAUGAGAGAGAGAGAGAGAGAGAGAGAGAGAGAGAGAGAGAGAGAGAGAGAGAGAGAGAGAGAGAGAGAGAGAGAGAGAGAGAGAGAGAGAGAGAGAGAGAGAGAGAGAGAGAGAGAGAGAGAGAGAGAGAGAGAGAGAGAGAGAGAGAGAGAGAGAGAAUUGAAAAGACUAUAGAUUGUCACUUCAUUGAAAAGAUUAUAGAUUGUCACUUCAAGAGGCAAAUUGACACCUUCUGAUAAAAGUGUCUACACAGAAAAAUAAGGCAUCCCUGAAAAUACUUUGUGUUGAAUUUUCAAAGUCUCCAUGAGACUGAAUCAAGGCUCAUUACCUGAAUAGUCCAUAAAUGCCAACUCCAGCUACAUGGGAAUGUUGCACACUACCCAGAAGUUGACCCUGCUCAUUGGGUUUUUAUUUGUAAGAGACAAUCCUGUGUGGAGGCUUGAGCAAACCUGGAUACUGUUACAAAUUACUAAGGAACCAAAGGCGGUCUGCAUUAAGACUAGAUUAGAGGGAUCCCCGAAGAUGGUAUCGUAGGAUGAGCAAGGACGCACACCCUGUCCUGCCCUAGUGAUUGACUGAAGUACAAAACUGUCACCCUUAACCUCUAUCAUGACUUGUAAAAUAUGGUGUAUAUAUGAGGCUGUCAGUGUAUGGCAAAAUAUGUGAACUUUUUAUUGUUAUUUAGCUAUGGUUGUAUGUAUAAACUGAGAGCACAAUAAAGUUUUAUAUGUAA